AUGUCAGGUUGGGCUACCCAAAUAAUUUGUCUCUUGCUGCAUUUAGCUAAUCCGUCCUUGGAAAUGGCAGCACCAAAGCCCAUUACUCGCCUUAUUUCCCAUGUCAUUCUUGAUUUGGAUGGUACCCUCUUAAACACAGAUUGCAUUGUAAGCCAGGUGCUGAAACCAUUUCUUGUUAAAAAUGGGAAAAAGUGGGAUAGCAAGAAAGCUCACAAAUUUGUUGGAAAGACACCUUAUGAAGCUGCAGCUGUUGUUUUAGAAGAUUACGGACUCCCUUACUCCACCGAAGAGUUCCUCUCCUUGAUUAAUCCAAUGUUCAGCGAGCAAUGGGGCAACAUAAAAGCUCUUCCUGGAGCUAAUCGGUUAAUAAAACAUUUGAAGAGCAGCAGGGUGCCAGCUGCUUUAGCUUCCAACUCUUCAAGAUCAAACAUUGAAUCCAAAAUCUCGUGCCAUCAAGGAUGGAAAGAGUAUUUCUCUGCAAUUGUUGGUGCUGAUGAAGUAGAGUCAGGAAAGCCAUCCCCAGAUAUAUUUCUGGAAGCUGCAAAAAGAAUGAAUGCUGAUCCUUCAAAUUGCCUAGUAAUUGAGGAUUCCGUGCCAGGUGUUACGGCUGGCAAAGCUGCAGGAAUGCAUGUCAUAGCUGUCCCUUCAGUACCCAAAAGGACCGAUGAAUUCAGUUCAGCUGAUGAGAUUAUCAACUCCCUCCUCGACUUAAGGCCUGAAAAAUGGGGUUUGCGACCCUUCAAUGAUUGGAUUGAAGGUACCUUACCAAUAGACCCAUGGUUUAUUGGUGGACCUGUGAUCAAAGGAUUUGGCCGUGGUUCUAAAGUACUAGGAAUACCAACAGCGAACUUGGCUGCAGAAAACUUUUCCGACAUACUGUCGGAUCAUACAUCAGGUGUAUACUUUGGGUGGGCUGGACUUCCGAAGCGAGGCAUAUACAAGAUGGUCAUGAGCAUCGGCUGGAACCCUUAUUUUGAUAACACAGAGAAGACAAUCGAACCAUGGUUGCUUCAUGGUUUUGAUGAGGACUUCUAUGGAGAGGAGCUGCGCCUUGUUAUCGUUGGGUACAUACGACCUGAGGCAAACUUUCCUUCGCUCGAGAGCUUGAUAGAGAGGAUUCAUGAGGACGGGAGAAUCGCAGAGAACGCCCUAGAUUUGCCGGAGUAUGCCAAGUACAAAGAGUCGCCGUAUUUGAGAAACCCGUUGCAACAGGGUGCUGCUACUGGCGGGAACGAGGCGGAGCAAGAGUUUAUAUAA